CUUCAUAUAGCGCUUCACGGAGUGGAAGAGAGAGACUGUUAGGCGGAGAUCGAAACGAACCCUAAUAAAAGACUUUUUUCGCUUUUCUUUGAGUUUCUUUGAAAGAGGGAUGCAGACGAGGACGGUUCAGGUCGGGAAUAUCUCAGAUCUGGCCGGGGAGAGGGAGAUUCGGGAGUUCUUCUCCUUUUCCGGCGACAUCGAUCACGUCGAGAUCUGGUGUGAUGCUGGGAGUCGGAGGAUUGCGUUCGUUACGUUCAAAGAUCCGAAGGCGCUCGAGAUCGCAUUGCUGCUAUCGGGAGCUACGAUAGUAGAUCAGAUUGUGAGUGUAAGUCCUGCUGAAAAUUAUGUCCCUAGAGUCGAGGAGCAAGUUAUGGUUAAUGAGAUGACAAGUGCAGCUUCUGUUGGAAAUGGUGCAGCAACUGUUGAGACUAAUAGUAGUCCUACUGGUGGACGGAUCUAUGUCGGUAAAGCUCAUGAUGUUGUGACAAAUAUGCUAGCAAAGGGUUCAGCAAUCAGACAAGAUGCUUUGACUAAAGCUAAAGCAUUUGAUGAGAAGCAUCGGUUGACGGCCAGUGCAUCAGCAAAGGUGAUUUCCUUUGAUAGGCGGGUUGGCCUUUCAGAGAAAAUAACAGUUGGAUUCUCAGUUGUGAAUGAGAAAGUGAAAUCUGUGGAUCAAAAGCUGCAUGUGUCUGAUAAAACAAUGGCCGCCUUAACUGUAGCAGAGCAAAAGUUGAAUGAUACUGGCACAGCUGUCAAAACUAGCAGGUAUGUAACUGCUGGAACAGCUUGGUUAAAUGGUGCUUUCGGCAAGGUGGCAAAGGCUGGCCAUGUUGCGAGUACAAAAACAAGAGAGAAGUUCCAGCUGGCAGUCUCAAAUUUAACUGCAAAGGAUCCAGCUGUUGCUGCAUAAGCUAGAUAAUUUGGUGUGGCAGAAAACUGUCACUCCCGAAGGGAAUUAUUGAAGGAUAUUUUCAGCAUGUCAUUUGGCCUAUAGCUCAGAUCCCCGGUGCUGGUGGCUGCAAGAUGAGUGCAGUUAUCCCUCAUUGUUGUUGAUUGCCUUGCAUAAAUAUGUAUGUUUAGCUAUGUAACUUUUUUUUCUUUUUCUUUUUUCUUUUCCUCUUAUUAAUUCCCCCCCCUGUAUUGAUUUGGGUUUUAGUGCCAUAUUUUGAGUAGAUGAAACUGCGUGUAUUGUGUUGUAAUACUGGAAUGCAUUCUUUCUGGAAAAUGAUGAUCCAAGAAACCUUGUGUCUUCUUUUUC